CCGAAGAAUUUCUGCUGCAAAGAGUGGGGCGAUCGAUCAAUAAAAAGGUUUUAGAACGCUGUAAAACACUGACCGGAUAAUACAAGACGGCACCAUUAAUCAGUCAAAAAAUCUUGCGCUUAUCGGACGCUGAGGAUAGCAGUCAAUGAGAUGAUACAGUCUGCAUAAACAUGCUGAUAACCUACGAAUUGACGAUCCAAGAAAUAACGUGACAGUGAAUUAUAAGUGGAUAUUUGUGGAAUAUGUUACACGCAAUGGAUACCUUGAAUGCAGUAUGUGGCUCUGAAAAAUGUUGAAGCCUCUAGACAAACCAUCUUCUUCUCGUGGAAUGAAGGGGACGAUUAGCUGCAUGGUUAUAUUUUUGGUUCUGUGUCUCGGAUUAACAUGCAUUUUCGGAACGGCUUCGUCCCAUACCAUCGGCUUACAGACGGGCACUACGGUAAGACUUGCCACCAGCAACUUCCAUACGGGGAACGUGGAAUCAUCGCCCAACGAGGAAGGACACUUAAAGACUCGUUUGACCCGACAAGUGCAACUACAAAUAGAGCAGUCAAAAGAGGAUCAAGAAGAUGAAGAGGAGGUACACCAGGUUGGAGACGAGGAACAGAUUAGGACGAAUGGAAUAAAGGACAAGAACCAAGAAAAAGAAUCUGUGGAGUCGAAAUCAAAGGAAACUGAGGAAGAGGUGAGUAAAAGUGACAUUCAAAGGACUACGCCUGGAGAUCAAAAAGCAGAAAAGUCGGCGCACAAACUUGAUGACGACUCACAAGAGGCAGAGUUGGAGGAGCAAGGACGAGUUGGAGUAAAAAAAUCAGCAGCUGAAGCAGAGACGCAUGAUUCUGAAACUCAGGAACAAGAAGCUGAAGCCGAAAAAUUUGAUGGCGGUACUGAGGAGCAAGAGUCAACCGAUGCGGCAAAGUUGGGAGAGGGAGAAACUAAGGGACAUGAUAAAGGAAGCAUAAAAGAACAAUGGGAGACCGAGGAGGAGGAGGAACAGAAUAAUAAUGGAGCUGAUGCUGAGGGUCCUAAAGCUAGAGUGGGAAAACAGAAAACUUCAGGUCGAUGGUAUGGCUCAGAUGCUGCGACAGAAGAAGAUGAAGUCCAGGAAGAAGUGGCGUCCAAAAGUAGAGAGCGUGAAGACGAGGAUCGAGAUGAUAAGUCUGGGGGUCAAGAAGAAGAAUACCAGAAAAAGAAAGGAAAUGAACGAGGUGUGGACGAAGAAAGCCGUGAAGUAGGAGCUGAGAAAGAAAGUGAGGAAUCAAGAGAUGAAGAUCAGGGAACCGUGGAGAAAAUGCGGACGGCAGAGAGGAGAAGACAAAAAGCUGGAGAAGCAAGACGAGAGGCCGAGGAGGUAAGCAGAGAAAAAGAGAAGGAGGAAAAACGAAAAACCGAAGAAGAAAUGCGGGAGGCCGAGGAUGAGAGAAAAAAAGAGGUCGAGGAAGAGAAACAAGAGGUGGAAAUGGAAAAACAAGAUCCUGAGGACGCGAUAGAAGAAGCCGAGGAUAAGAGUCGAGAAGAAGGUGGAGUCGAAAAAAAUGAUAUAACGCCUAAUCAUCAGCCUAAAAAAGGACAAAAGGCUGAUGAAGAAAAACUAGAAUCGCAAGAAGAAACACAGGGCACUGAUGAAGAAAGAAGAGUGGCCGAAGAUGAAAGCAAAGAAAAGGACGCGGCAGAAAUCCGAAAAAAUGAAAUUGAAUAUCAAGAUGAAGAUGAUGACCGGGGGAGCGUAGAAAGCAAUGGAUCCACUGAAGACGAAACACGAGAAUCCGAGGGCGUAACCCAUGUAAAGAAAAAACCCACUGCGGCACCAAAAACCAAAAUAAAGGAGAAGAAAGCGGCUGUGGCGGAGAAACCGCGCAGAAUGAGGGGCGGAAAAACAACUGCGGCACCUGAAAUCGCGGAACAAAGUGCAAAGAGUAGAAAAUUCGUUGGAAAAACUACAUUCACCAAACAAAGAGCGGAAAAGGGUACACGAGGAAUGAUGGACUCGUCUGCUGAGACACCUGAAGUUGAAGAAGAAGGAGGAGCAAAACGCGGAAGAACGAAUGGGAGACACCGGGACCGUUUGAAGUUGAGAAAUACAAAUUCGACCUGGGUGUCGGACAAGUUCAUUGCCGCCAUUAAUAGCAAGCAAACUGAAUGGAAGGCCGGGAGGAAUUUCAGAGCUGACAUCCGGAGUAAAGUUCUGAAACGACUGGUUGGCGAGCGUUUGGGAAGCAGCAUUUCAUGGAGUGAAAAAUUCCAUUCCAUUCUGCCAAGCGUGUGGACUACAUUUAAGGGUGCGUUAAUGAGCUAUACCGUCACGCCUGAAUCAUAUGAUCUUCGUGACGAAACGGACUGCGUUAUGCGUCCCCUGGACACUGGUUUGGCAGCAACAAGCUGGGCACUUUCAACAGCGCAGUCUGUAGAAGAUCGAUGGUGCGCUACGAUGAGCUCGUCGCCCGGGAGAACCUUUUCAUCACAGUACCUAAUUAAUUGCUGUGAUGCGUGCACUGAUCAAAGUAGCACCAACGCCGGGAGUCCGAUGGAGGCAUAUAACUUUAUGCAGAGGAUUGGAAUACCAGGGAAGGAUUGCAAACCUUACUCUUCCUCGCCAGUCAUGAAAACAUUGGGAGCUGACGCUGUUAGUACAAAAGUGCGAGUACCACGCAUUGUAAAUGGUUGCAGCUCUGAGUGUGACGAAAGUGAUCUCCCUUUCGUUUUUACUGACCUGUGCAAAAUCAGGUCCUACCACUACAUAGUUCCCGGAUGGGCAUCAAGCAUCAAACACGAGAUCCGAAAUAGAGGUAGUGUGACAGCAGAGGUUACAGUCUACACUGACUUCCUGAAUUAUAAAGAGGGAGUAUACUCCCCGGUGGAAGGAGCGGAGCCAUUCGGUGACCUAACACUACGUUUGAUCGGAUGGAAUGGAUCCCACUCGCAGCUCCACUGGCUCGCGGUCGGGGUGUGGGGGAGGAAGUGGGGUGACAGGGGGAUGGUCAAACUCAAGGCCUUCGAUCCGAGGCUCAACUUGGAAUCGCGGGUGUCGGUGAGUACGGUUGACGGGACCCAGUGCAAGGAGGCGCAGCAACCGGAGGUGACAGGGUUCACCAUAGAGGCCAGCGACGUGGUCCAACGCCGUUUGGAAAAAAUAAGAUCGCGCCUGACAAAAGCUCGUUUUAUGUCGUCUCAAUCGCUGGUCGGCUCAAAAAAGCGGAACAGGAGGUAGGAUCGAGAGUCCUCUAUAGGGAGAGUUCAGACAUACGCACUGCCGUGGUAGCGAAGAUAGCAGUAAGUGUGAAAUUUUUGAAAUCGAGUAUUCUUAAAAACUCGUCUAAUCUAUUUAAGACGAAAUCACUGAAAAAGCUAAAACAGAAAAAUUCGUUUUAACUGUAUAAAAGCGAGAGACGUGAGAAAGUUGUAAGUGCGAAAAAAUGACGUAGUUACAGGCAAGAUAGUAGUAAGUGACAUUAUUCCUCCACACAGUCAAUGAAAACAGUGCUUUCACGUAAAGUGCAGCCCCUUUCUGCCAAUUUCUAACCUGGAAAUGUGUUUGUUGUGUGUCCAUGUGCGGGACUUAUCCAUUGUUGACUCUUACCAAACUUCUGAGCGGUUUUCCGUGUUCAUUAUAAUUAUCUGCGAAAAACU